AUGACAGCAUUAGUGGUGCUGAUAAAAAUCUGAGCGUGUGCUGGAACAGAGCCUUGAGUCAAACACAGAAGAGCGUCUCCAUAAAAACAUGCGUGGACUAUGCGCAAGAUGCGAGUUACUUCUCCGGAUCGAGGCGCGGAGGAUGCGAGGCACCGGGACGCACAGUUAGCCUUAGUUGGAUGCUAGGACUUGGCUCAGAAUGGAGGACUACAACCAGACAUCCAACCCUUACACCUUCACCCCCGGCCACCGGGGAAACACGUCCAGCAUGGAGCCGCUGCCCUUCAACGUGGUCACGGCGGUCAUCUACAUCGUGGUCUUCAUUGUGGGGAUUCUGGGGAACUCCCUGGCGAUCUUCGUCAUGCUCCGCUACGCCAAGAUGAAAACAGUGACCAACAUCUUCAUCCUCAACUUAGCCUUGGCGGACGAGCUCUACAUACUGGGGAUCCCCUUCCUCGGUACCAAUAGCUCUCUGUCUUACUGGCCGUACGGGAACUUCUUCUGCAAAGUGUGCAUGACCGCCGACGCCAUGAGCCAGUUCACCUCCACCUUUUGUCUGACGGCCAUGAGCAUUGACCGCUACCUGGCCGUGGUUCACCCGAUCCGGAGCGCCAACUGGAGGAAACCCCAGGUGGUGAAGGUUUUCAGUGCCAUGAUUUGGAUUGUUUCCUUUCUGGUGGUGCUGCCGGUCAGCAUGUACUCGCAUGUCCAAGAGGAGCUGAACACAUGUAACCUGAGCUGGCCGCCGCCUGAGAACACCUGGGCCAUCGCCUUCAUCCUCUACACCUCCAUCCUGGGAUUCUUCGCUCCUCUGAUCGUCAUCUCCAUCUGCUACCUGCUUAUCGUCAUCAGGGUGAGGUCGGCAGGCAUGCGAGCAGGGAUAACCAAGCGGCGAAAGUCCGAGCGAAAGGUGACCCGCAUGGUGAUCAUCAUCGUGCUGGUCUUCAUACUGUGUUGGCUGCCCUUCUACGUCACCAACAUCGUCAACCUGUUUUACAUCAUCCCAGAAGACAACGCCACCGCUGCGGUGUAUUUCACCCUGGUCAUCCUCACCUACGUGAACUCCUGUGCCAACCCGAUUCUCUAUGGCAUGCUCACGGACAAAUUCAGGCUCCGCUUGGAAACCGUCCUCUGCCUUCACAGGUCCAAGAGUCUGAAACAGAUGGAUGCUAAACAGGCACAGACGGGGCCCAAGGAAAACCAAGGGCUGGUCAGAAAUCCGAAGUCAAAUGGACAAACCACGCAGAGUUUCCACAGAGUCUCAGCUGAGCUCAUCCAGAACCACGAAGGUGAAGCUUCAGAGAAAGAGAUGAACGGUCAGACAUGGCUGUGAAUGUUGAAGAUCCUCUGUCGCUGACUGUGCACCUGCCUGAGGACAACAUUUGGCUUGACUCUCCUGCUGUUUCAGCAUGACACGCUAACAAAACAGUUGAGCUAAACUAAACUACUAAACUUGUUUGAUUUGGACUAUAUUAUACUAUAUUAUCUCGUAUCUGCUCGACAGGUGAAGCCUGGAAUCCAAUUUGGAAUUCAGUUCUUGAUGUCCUUGUGUGUCUAAUGUCUAAUGUCUAAUGACAGAUGUGUGACCUCCCAAUUCCCAGUGACAUCUGAUCAUGACAUGACAUGUUCUUCUGUGUGAUCACAGAUACUGCUCCUCAGUAUGGCCCUCUAGUCAUUAAAAGCUAAGACAAAUUCUCUUCUCCAUUCUCUUCCCUUACGUGUGAUCGAGAAGCACUUUAGCUUAUUGGCAGAGAGAGUGGAGCUCAACAUCUGCAUUCCUUCCUUUAUCACGCGUUCACCUGAGCUCCAACUGAAGUUCCUUUUCCGUAAUUGAGUUUAACCAACAGCGCAGUGAACAGAAGUGCACCUGCAUUCAAAUUUGAAAGUGGACACUUGAUUUGUUUUUUCCUUAUGGUGCUCCAUAAAUGACAUGUCAUAUGUGUGUUAUGGAUCCUUAGAUUUUGUAUCAUGAACAUCCAAACUUUUUGAAAAUGUGUGUGGAAAAAAACUCAUUAUUUAAUGGUAGAUAUUGCCGCAUUGUAUGUCAUAUAUAUUGUCAUGAACAAAAUCUGACCAAUAACUUGUGAAAUUUCUUGCCAGUACAAAUCAGAAAGUGCAUAUGUGUGAAGACUUGUUGUUUGUAUGUUUGUUUUCACAGAGAGACAGAAAAUGUCUUCAGUAUUCAACUGCUAAACAGGAUGUCAUCAAAUUUUAAUGCCAAACUGUUUAGAGGCAAGAUCACAACCUGCGUAGUUUGCUUAAAAUCUUGCCUAAUACUGGUAAAUAAACAAUAACGUCUGGACAUUUUGUAUCAUAUGCUCACCAGCUACCGAGUGCCAACUUGGUUCGCACAGUCAUGUGAACAAUGUGAGCAUUUUAAAGGCUGUGACUCCUGGAAUAUAUGAUUCAUAACAUGAGUUAACUGCUGUUCGUCGCCCACCAUCAGUUGAGUUAUUGUCAGUGUUGCUUGUUCACCCUGUUUUUACAUUGUAAACCUUGCAAAUAAACACUUGUCCCCUUCUCGCUCAACGGUCGAUAACGGUUGAUACUGCGUCUGUAGCCACUUCAGUUCCCCAUCUGAACCUAACACUGAGUCCAUUCUCCAGGUGUGUUUACAUUCAACAUGCUAUCAUGGAGGACGUGAGGGUAGAAAACACACCCGUCUUUUGGUUGUUUUGAUGCACUCACUCUACCUUUGUAGCUCAAUGUCAAGUGACAGGGCUUUUUAUUGAAUCUGGAUGACAGAUGCCACUUGACUCGCCGCUGAGUCGUCGCUAAUGUAUUGAUUUCUGCGCAGAACAGAGAUGAGCUGGAUGAAGUGGACACUGCAUCAUAGCUUCCUGGUAGAUUGGAUUAAAGGGUUUCAGUCUUAAGUGCUGCUUCUUACUGGAUCAUCCGUAGAGGUUCAUCGUGGUCAGGAGGAUUUGUACUUU